AUGGCCUUCACACUCUCCAACAACACGGCGACUUUAAGCUCUAUGACAUCUUUGUUCAUAACUUCUACCACUUCUUCUCCUACAAUAACCACCUCAAAUCUCAACGCAAUGGAUACUAAGUCGACCUCCUGCUGCACAAUUACCAACGGUGGGGGAUGCCCAUUCCCCACCACACCUCUCAUCGCUUUGAUUAUUCUUGCAGUCCUCCCUUGGAUAUUUCUUGUUAUCACUUGUUACGUGUUAUCGGAAUACCGAUCUGAAAAUGACAAGCUCGAGAAAGCAGAAAGACAGGGAAUCGUGGGAAAGCCAUAUUUGAAAAAACAUCAUGAGAAAGUCAUUCGACAGGAGAUCUGGGAAGAAGACUUCCAGCGAAAUGCGGCCCGCAUGAUGCACAUUCAAGUCCUAGAUGAAAAAUGCAAUCAUGCUGUCAAUCCGGAGAAUGACAUUCUUUUCCGUUAUAAAUCCCAGACUGCACAGGAGGUGGCGUGGAUAGAGAUCCGAGAUUCGAUCAGGGCAGAGUUCAGAAAGAAAUACAUAAUGGAUCAGUCUGACAUCGAGGUCGAUGCGAUGGGCAAAUAUGGACCUGUUCCGAGAAAUCAUCGCUUAUCCUUGUUGUAA